AUGAAGGAACGUCACCGUGACUACAUGAAGGAACGUCACCGUGACUACAUGAAGGAACGUCACCGUGACUACAUGAAGGAACGUCACCGUGACUACAUGAAGGAACGUCACCGUGACUACAUGAAGGAACGUCACCGUGACUACAUGAAGGAACGUCACCGUGACUACAUGAAGGAACGUCACCGUGACUACAUGAAGGAACGUCACCGUGACUACAUGAAGGAACAUCACUGUGACUACAUGAAGGAACGUCACCGUGACUACAUGAAGGAACGUCACUGUGACUAUGGCUACAUGAAGGAACGUCACCGUGACUACAUGAAGGAACAUCACUGUGACUAUGGCUACAUGAAGGAACAUCACCGUGACUACAUGAAGGAACAUCACCGUGACUACAUGAAGGAACAUCACCGUGACUACAUGAAGGAACAUCACCGUGAAUACAUGAAGGAACGUCACCGUGACUACAUGAAGGAACAUCACCGUGACUACAUGAAGGAACGUCACCGUGACUACAUGAAGGAACAUCACCAUGACUACAUGAAGGAACGUCACUGUGACUACAUGAAGGAACGUCACUGUGACUACAUGAAGGAACGUCACUGUGACUACAUGAAGGAACGUCACCGUGACUACAUGAAGGAACGUCACUGUGACUACAUGAAGGAACAUCACCGUGACUACAUGAAGGAACGUCACCGUGACUACAUGAAGGAACGUCACCGUGACUACAUGAAGAAACGUCACCGUGACUACAUGAAGGAACGUCACUGUGACUACAUGAAGGAACAUCACUGUGACUAUGGCUACAUGAAGGAACAUCACUGUGACUAUGGCUACAUGAAGGAACGUCACCGUGACUACAUGAAGGAACAUCACUGUGACUAUGGCUACAUGAAAGAACAUCACUGUGACUACAUGAAGGAACAUCACUGUGGCUACAUGAAGGAACAUCACUGUGACUACAUGUAG